AUGGUAAACAGAAAACUGUGCACAGUGGAGAGUUGGAGGUUGUCAACAUUUUCUUUUAGGUGUGGAUUUGCAGGAGAAACAGGACCAAGAUGCAUAAUUCCCAGUGAAAUAAAGAAACCUGACGUCACAAAGCCUGUCAAAGUUGUUCAGUAUAAUAUAAAUACAGAAGAGUUAUAUUCAUAUCUGAAGGAAUUCAUCCAUAUGCUAUAUUUCAGACACCUGUUGGUGAAUCCCAGAGACCGCCGGGUUGUGAUCAUAGAAUCUGUCUUGAGCCCUUCACACUUCAGAGACACACUGACAAGAGUCCUUUUCAAGCAUUUUGAGGUACCUUCUGUUUUGUUUGCUCCGAGUCACCUAAUGUCUCUGCUGACACUUGGGAUCAAUUCUGCCAUGGUGCUGGACUGUGGCUAUGCAGAAAGCUUGGUGCUGCCUAUAUAUGAGGGAAUUCCAAUCCUGCGGUGCUGGGGUUCCCUUCCUCUGGGAGGAAAGGCUAUCCACAAGGAACUGGAAUAUCAGCUGCUGGAGCAGUGCACAGUGGAUACUGGAUUAGCCAAAGGACAAAGCCUUCCAUCUGUGAUGGGCUCAGUUCCAGAAGACAUAGUGGAGGAUAUAAAAGUGCGCACUUGUUUUGUGAGCGAUCUCCAACGUGGACUGAAGAUCCAAGCAGCCAAGUUCAACAUUGAUGGCAGUGCUGAGCGUCCCUCACCCCCUCCAGACGUGGACUACCCUUUGGAUGGAGAAAAGAUUCUUCACGUCGUUGGCCCCAUCAGAGACUCCGUUGUGGAAAUACUGUUUGAACAGGAUAAUGAAGAGACAUCUGUUGCCACCUUGAUCUUAGAUUCACUCAUUCAGUGUCCCAUAGACACCAGGAAGCAGUUGGCAGAGAACUUGGUCGUUAUUGGUGGCACUGCCAUGUUGCCAGGAUUCCUUCACAGGCUCAUGGCUGAAAUCAGGUACCUGGUAGAGAAACCAAAAUACAAAGAAGCACUUGCCACUAAAACCUUCAGAAUCCACACUCCACCUGCCAAACCCAACUGUGUGGCCUGGCUGGGAGGAGCCAUCUUUGGAGCACUUCAGGACAUACUUGGGAGCAGGUCUGUGUCCAAGGAAUAUUACAGCCAGACAGGCCGUAUUCCUGACUGGUGCUGCCUUAAUAAUCCUCCACUGGAAAUGAUGUUUGAUAUUGGAAAAGCACCCCCACCUUUGAUGAAGAGGGCUUUUUCUACAGAGAAAUAAGAACCUCAACACUACACAAGGAUUCUCCUCAUCUAUUUCAAGUAGCUAUAUGUGCAUUGCCUUUUUUUUUAAAGUCAUUUGUGUGUAACUAUUAAAUAUUAACAAUG